AUGGCCAUCUGGGGAAUGUCUUCCGUCGCAAACGACGACGAUGUCAUGGACGACUCCAAUCCUCUGACCUGCUUCACCCUCAACCGCACUCAGCGUCUCUAUGGAUUUGGUAUCUGCUUCGUCGUUGGUUUCUUGAUCUCCAUCUUGUCGACCUUGGCCCUUGCCACUGCGAAUCUCCCCACCUUUGCAGUCUUCUUCACUUUGGGCAACAUCAUCUCCUUGCUCAGCACGACCUUCUUGAUCGGACCCGGCAAGCAGAUCAAGACCAUGUUCGCACCAGUCCGCAUGGUCGCUUCAAUUGUCUUCUUGGCCAUGAUCGUCCUCACCCUCGUCCUCGCUUUCACCGUCGGUUCGUGGCUGUUGUGCUUGCUCCUCUGCAUCAUCCAAUUCCUGGCCCUGUUCUGGUACAGCGCAUCCUAUAUCCCCUACGGCCGCUCUGCCAUCAAGAAGGUCGUCGGAGGCUGCAUCGACGUGUAA